GUGGGCGGGAGGCGGGAGCGCGGCCGUGCGUGAGGGGCAGGCGGAGCGGGCGAACGGCGCUGAGGGGCGAUGUCGGUUCGGGGCGGAUUCGGCGACCCUCAGCUUCUAACCCGGCGCAUCCCCUCGAAUCCCAAGUAUCAACAUAUAAAAACUCGUCUGGAUACCGGAAAUAGUUUGUCAAAAUACAUGGAAAAAUUGGAACAGAUCAAAAGAAAUUACAGGUAUAGAAAGGAUGAGCUGUUUAAAAGGCUGAAGGUGACAACUUUUGCACAGUUGGUUCUCCAGGUGGCCUCUCUGUCCAAUGACACCUUAGAAGUGACAAACGAGGAGCUGCACAAGCUGCAAGAUGCCGACGGCGCGGGCGACGACGGCGCGGGGACAAACGGCAAGGGCAGCCCUGAGGGGAGCCCUGAGGGGAGCCCGGGCUCGCUGCUGCUCCUGGACACCUCAGGGGCUGGGGAGUCCCAUCGCUCCACCCUGCAGAGUGUGAUCAGUGGGGUUGGAGAGCUGGACAUGGAGAAGGAUUCUCCCAAGGAGGAGGAUCCCCAGGCCAAGGAGAGGCCUUACCCCGACUGCCCCUUCCUGCUGCUGGACGUGCGGGACCGCGACGCGUACGAGCAGUGCCACAUCGUGGGGGCUUAUUCCUACCCCAUUGCAACGUUGUCUAGAACCAUGAAUCCGUACACAAACGAUAUUCUGGAAUAUAAAAACGCCCAUGGCAAAAUCAUCAUCGUGUACGACAACGACGAGCGCUUGGCGAGCCAGGCGGCCACCACCAUGUGUGAGAGGGGCUUCGAGAACCUCUUCAUGUUAUCCGGGGGCCUCAAGGUGCUCGCCCAGAAGAUCCCCGAGGGGCUGAUCACGGGCACGCUGCCGGCGUCCUGCCAGCUGGCAGCACCCACGGGAGCCUCCCGCAGGAGAGCAGCGCCCAGGGCGGCGCCCACGCGGGCAGAGAACAAGUGGAGGUUCUCUGCAGACGACCUGCAGAAGCUGAGGCAUUACCUGGCCGAGGAGCACCUUCCUUCAGACACUGCCAGCCGCCUUACCCGAGGUGUUUUGAGCCACGAUUCCAAGCUCUCAUCCGUGAGGAGCAACCCCAGCCCCGCCAGCACCGUGAGAUCCCUGAGCAGCAGCUCCCACAGCAGGACCAGCGUCCAGAAAAGGCCGUGGAAAUAAAGGAGUGUCCAGGUUUUGGGAACGCUGAGCAGUGCAGCCCGUUUGUGGUUUUUAGGAAUCCUCAGGGAAGAGCGGCCGCGGUGAGAGUUGGCAGCUCGGGUAAGGCUGGAGUGAUGUUUCUUAGGAGCAGGAAUGGCAUCACUUGAGGUGCAGGGCAGGGCAGAGGUGAUAAAACUGGUUUUGUUUUACUGGUAGUAAAGGCUGGGAUCAGUAGAAACUGUUCCACAAAGUUUUUAGUCCAGCUGAAGGAAUUUGUGUCUGUAAUCUUCCCGGGCUGUGCCUGGAGCUGUGAGGGUAAACAGGCCACAGAUAAUCUGUGAGCACAAACUUUGGUGUUUUUAGCAGAGAUAAAAACGUUCAGCAACUUGCCAAAAGUGAGAGAAGAUCCUGGACAGGGUUUUUUGGGUUUCUUUUAAAAUAAAUUAUGCUAAUGAACAGAAGUAUUAGUAGUAAAGGUGGUUUUUAUUGCCCAGUUGGUGCUGUGACAGUCGUGGUUGCUCGUGGACGCUUUGUGAAUAGUUGUGUCUUUUUCAAGGUGAGCUGGAGGACAAUAACUGGAAUUGUUUUUCCCAGUGACUCCUUUGCCAGAGGUUUUCUAGGAGUUUCUUUAAGGUUUAGGGUGGCUGAAGGGAAAUUUGCUGCUGCUGCCUCACCAGGGUCCCUAAAACCCAGCAGGGACCUGGAAUCUGGAACUGAACAGGGUGAAGGUUUCCUGGAGAAUGAGUAGCACAGUUUUCCUCAUUGGUGCUUCUGGAUAACCUGGGAAUCCUCUGGUUUUCCUGAGCUGCCUGUGGGACACUUAGGAGGUGAUUUUGGAUGGAUUCUGCUCCAGUUUUUCCACCUGGCAUUGCUGAGCUUGGUCCCGUUUUGGUUGUGCUCAUGUGGUGUUUGUGUGUAUUUUUGGAUUCAGUGUUUUUUCCCCCUUUUUGAAGCAGACAAUCUUCAACACGUCCCAAAACUCUUUGGUGAUUUUGGGAUGAUUCCAGUGAAAGGACAAAAAAGUAGGAGAAAUGGCACAUAAUUUCCACUUUGGCAGCUUAGGACUCAACACCCCUGAGCACAUUUAUCAUUUAUUGUGUCUCUGAGUGUGAAAUUAGACAAUGCUGAUUGCAGCACUGGCAGGUUCAGUCUGAUAAGGUCCUGCUGCUGUGGGAGUAGAUUUUUCCAGCUCUGUGAGCUCUUGGAAGUGUCCCUGCAUUGGUUAAAAUCCUGAUUUUGCUGUCCAGCUGUGGGAGACCCAGAAUCCCUGGCUGCUCCGUGCUGUGUGAAAACCUCCUGGUGGAACAGUUGGACAAACCUGGCCUGAGUUGUUUGAGAUCCUCCAAAUCCAAGGAAUCAAAGCAAGGACUGGAUGUACUUUCCCACCACCUCGAUGGAUUUGUGUGGAUUUGGACUCUUGGUGUUGUUUGGAGCAGAAUCAAACUCUGCAGAGGCUUAAGAGAGUUUUAAUUUAAUAAAAUGUAAAUUACAGCA